AUUUGUCCGACCCAGAACGCUACUGCCAACCUCCACCCUGACCCCUAGUAGAUCGUGCUUCCACCAUGGCGCCGGGGGAGAAGAUCACUGCCAAGAUCAAGAAGAAUCUACCUGUCACGGGGCCUCAGGCCCCGACCAUCAAGGAGCUGAUGAAAUGGUACUGCCUCAACACCAACACUCACGGCUGCCGUCGCAUCGUGGUUUCCCGGGGCCGCCUCCGCCGGCUGAUCUGGAUCAUAUUCACCCUGACGGCCGUGGGGCUGAUCAUCUGGCAAUGCGCCCUGCUCAUCCUCUCCUUCUACACCGUCUCCGUCUCCAUCACGGUGCAUUUCCAGAAGCUGGAUUUCCCCGCUGUCACCAUCUGCAACAUCAACCCCUACAAGUACAGUGCAGUGAAAGAGGUCCUGGCCGACCUGGACCAGGAGACCAAAAAUGCCCUGAGGAGUUUAUAUGGGCUAAAUGAAAUCAAGAAUCGAAAACGCCGGCACGCUGAUGUCCCAAACUCUUCCCGGGAGGACACGAGUCCUAAGUUCCUGAACAUCCUACCUCUUUUGUCCUUCAAGCCAAAUGAGACUGGCAAGAAGGCUACUGAAUUCAUCACAGGAAGAAAGCGGAAAAUCAGCGCCAACAUCAUCCACAAAAACUCCGGAGUCAUGCAUAUGCAAGAGGCCAAGGACAUUGUGGGCUUCCAACUGUGUGCUACUAAUGACACCAGUGACUGUGCCGUCUACACCUUCAGCUCAGGGGUGAAUGCCAUUCAGGAAUGGUACAAGUUACACUACAUGAACAUCAUGGCACAGGUGCCCCUGGAGAAGAAAAUUAACAUGAGCUACUCUAUCGAGGAACUGCUGGUCACCUGCUUCUUUGAUGGCAUCUCAUGUGACUCAAGGAACUUCACUCUUUUUCAUCACCCGAUGCAUGGCAAUUGCUAUACUUUCAACAAUGGAGCCAACAAGACAGUCCUCAGCACUUCUAUGGGAGGCAGUGAAUACGGGUUGCAGGUUAUCCUUUAUAUUGACGAAGAGGACUAUAACCCCUUCCUGGUGUCAUCGACUGGGGCCAAAGUGAUCGUCCACCGCCAAGAUGAAUAUCCCUUUAUCGAAGAUAUAGGGACAGAGGUUGAGACGGCAACUGCCACUUCGAUAGGAAUGCACCUGACGGAGUCCUUCAAGCUCAGCCAACCAUACAGCCAGUGCACUGAGGAUGGGAGUGACGUGCCCGUGAAAAACAUCUACAACGCAACCUAUUCUCUCCAGAUCUGCCUUCACUCGUGCUUCCAGAUGAAGAUGGUGGAGAAAUGUCAGUGCGCUCAGUAUACUCAGCCUCUGCCUCCCGGGGCAGAGUAUUGCAACUACAAGAAACACCCCAACUGGAUGUAUUGCUACUACAAACUUCACCAGGCUUUUGUCCGGGAAGAGUUGGGCUGUCAGGUGAUCUGCAGAGAAGCGUGCAGUUUUAAAGAAUGGGCUCUAACAACCAGCCUGGCUCAGUGGCCGUCUGCCGUUUCUGAGAAAUGGAUGCUACCAGUUCUAACUUGGGACAAGGGCCAGAAACCAGAAAGAAAACUAAACAAGACAGACUUAGCCAAUCUCAUGAUUUACUACAAAGACCUGAACCAGAGAUCAAUCAUGGAGAGCCCAGCCAACAGGAUUGAGAACCUGCUGUCCAAUUUUGGGGGCCAACUGGGUCUGUGGAUGAGCUGUUCCGUGGUCUGCGUCAUCGAGAUCAUCGAGGUCUUCUUCAUCGACUUCUUCUCCAUCAUCGCCCGGCGGCGCUGGCAGAAGGCCAAGGAGUGGUGGGGCGGGCGCAGGGCCCAACAGCGGCCCUCGUCUCUCGAGAGCCCCCCGGAGCACGGAGGCCACGACAACCCCACCUGCAUCCCCGACGAUGACCUGCCCACCUUCAACACCGCCCUGCGGCUGCCCCAGCCCCAAGGGACUCACGUGCCGGGCACCCCGCCCCCCAGGUACAACACCCUGCGGCUCGAGAGGGCCUUUGCCACCCAGCUGGAGGACACCCAGGAUGUUGGAAAGCUCUGAGGCCUGGGCUGGGGGCCCUGUUGACCCAGCUGAUGCCCAGAGGAAAGAGCACCCGGGACCAUUUUUGGGGGGUGUGAUCGUCGUGGGCCGGUGCCUUGGACUCUUUUGGUGGGGUAGGGUUGGGUAGGCCUCCCCGGAGCUGUUAACUGAACUGUGAAAACCUGCCUGUCGGGCAGGUCAGGGGCGAGGCUAGCCCUGGAAGCAGCCUGGGGACUGGUUUUUUUCUGGAACUUCGAUGAAAAGACACGUUAUUUUCUUAAAUGAAGUAUAAGAACAGUGAACUCACAGGGGCACCGGGAUCAUCAGACGGAGGCACUUCAGGGGUAAAGGUCAAGGGACCAGGAGACCACCUGCUUGACACCCGUCUACCGCCCGAGCUGCUCCGGGGUGGUGGGACCCCACGCUCCAGGCAGACCCUGAAAGUUUCGGGGGGCCCCUGCUGAGCCGUGAGCCCGGCCCAAGUCACUGACGCCGCAGAGAGAGCCCGAGGCCACCGGAGAAGCCAAAGAGAAGAGGGGAUGGAUGGAGGGGAGAGAAAAUGUCCCCAAGAUGCUCAGCAGCCUUAAGGUUCUGCCUGGAACCUGUCAGUAUCAGGUGGGGACUUUGCCGUGACCCUCACGCUGCUCUGGCCAGGAACUCAUCAGUGCGAAAGCUGUCUCUCAAAGAGCGUACAGAAGGAUGGGUUUUCGCCUCUGACUCUGGUCCUUUAGCUCUACCCUAGUCAACUCUCAACAGAGCAUCUGUUCAUGGUACUAGAGUCGACUUGAAAGAGGACUUGGAUAAUCAAACCUCUGGCAUUCUGGGCUCCUGCGGUCCCUGGUGGGGCUCAUGGGGGAUGCCUGGGUCCCAAGGAAAACAUUUAGAGAUCUCCUGGAGAGGUACAGAAAUACUUGCCUGAAGUGGAAUACAAUGAAGUCGUUUUGUUUUGUUUUUAAUGAUUAUUUAAAACUGUACGGCCUGGAAAGUAAACCACACAGCCAAAGGUGAUCUAUUUUUGAAUAAAUGGUGUGUGUUUUUUAGCCAAUGGA